CUUACAUAUAUAUUCUCACUGAAAACACCUCUCUAAUUAAAGAGCUUCUCAGAGAGAGAGAGAGAGAAAGAGUAAAAAGAAUGUCUGGUGUAUGGGUUUUCAAGGACGGUGUUGUUCGCCUGGUUGAGAACCCGGCGGCGGAGUCAUUGGAUGCGCGGCGCAAGGUGCUAGUCCACACGCCUAGCAACGAGGUGAUUACCUCGUACGCGGCCCUGGAGCGCAAGCUGUUGUCGCUUGGGUGGGAGAGGUACUACAAGGACCCAGACCUCCUCCAGUUCCACAAACCAUCCACAGUCCACCUCAUCUCUCUCCCCAAGGAUUUCAGCAGGUUCAAGUCCAUGCACAUGUUCGAUAUCGUCGUCAAAAACCGUAACAUGUUCGAAGUCAAGGACAUGUAGUAGUUCUACUAGUUCUUGUCCGGCCCGGCUCUUAGCCUGUGGUUCCACGUCGUCGUUCGUGCAUGGUUUGCUUGCUA